AUGGUCGACACAAUCCUUCAAGAACCAUCUGGCUUUUCAAUUAGCACAACCAGAGAUGCCCAUGGUCCACAACGUGCUUUUAUUUUUAGAAUACUAGACCACGAACCGGACUUAUGGUAA